UUUUGAUCGACCCCUCACCAUUCCUACGAGUACAUAUUAAUCUACGGAUCUGCUCUGCUUCCUCCCGCGUGGACCUGGUCGCACUGCAUCGCAUCUGGGCGCAUUCCUUCGACAAUCACAUUCCUCUCCUCCCGCUCUCAAUAUCUAUCAUACCGGGCCAUACCGUACAAUUCCUGACAGAUAUCGGCCAUUAACUACUUGAAUUGUACCUCAUACAAUUGCUACAUUCAUCAUGGUUCUCGGACGCCCAUUGAUCGCAUUGAUAUCCCUCAUCUUCACAGCCGGCGGCAUCCUGCUGUUAUUCUUUACCAUCCUGCCCGGCGCAGUCAACAGUGCUCCGUUGAACCAGUUCUAUUUCCUCGAAGCCAAUAACAUUGGAAAUAUUCCUGGCGCCCGCGAUCCCUCGCGAUGGACUCUCUUCGCCAUCUGCGGUGUCAACGGUAAAGGCCACAACGCCAAUUGUGGAAGCCCUGUUCCGGCACUUCCAUUCGACCCGCCGAGGAACUUUGGCACGAGAGAUGGUAUUCCGGGGCGAUUCAUUGGAACGCACAAGUACUACUAUAUGUCACGAUUUGCAUUCGCAUUCUUCCUCAUGGCCCUGGUCUUCAGCGCAAUCGCCCUCUUCACCGGCUUGCUAGCUCUAUGUAGCAGACUCGGUGGCUACAUUUCUGGUCUAUCCACCGGCAUCGCUACCUUCUUCCAAGCCAUUGCAGCAUCCCUGGUGACUGCAUGGGCGAUUCAAGGCCGCAACGCCUUCAACGGCAACGGCCAGAGUGGCCGCGUCGGCACCAAGAUGAUGGCCUUCGUCUGGACCACAUUCACUCUCUUCUUCUUGUCCACCCUCUUGUUCUGCUGCGGCGGCGCCCUCGGCCGCGAUAAAUCUUCCUCAGGUGUCACUCGUUCCAGGUCCACUCGCUCCAAGCGUAGCACGCGGAGCAACAGGGGCAGCUUCUUCGACAACGAGUCCCAGCGCAGGAUGAAGAAGGACGACUACUCGUAGUGGCUUCGAAUCACCACCACUACCACCAGCAGCGACAAUUCAGUCCACCGGGAAAUCAAAGAAGCCUUUCGAAAUCUGGAAGCGCUCCAUGGGACUACUCUAUUCUAAUUCUACGUUAAUCUAAUCUGCGGAAAGAAGGAUGAAGACGGCAGAUACUUGGAUAUCUUCCAAUCCUUCCAAACCAACCAACCCUGGCCAUUCACUCCAACACGGAAAGAAAAGAAGGCCAUUCCACUCGCUCCACGCUGCCACUACUACCAAUUCCAAAAGCAAGUCGAUUCGACCGGCAUUGAACGAAGCUCAUUCCGUCGAAACUCGUUUGUACAGUUAAUUUGUUCGACCCGCAAGCCAGCAAGCCAGCAAGCCAAUAUGCCUGCUUUCACUGGGGC